AUGCCACGCGCCCAGUCUGAUCGCAUCCCCACCCAGUCCGGCAUCCCCGGCCCUCCCUCCCGGCUCCCGGGCGGAGUUUCGACUUUUCGCCGCUCCGCCCAAUCCGCGCCACCGCCACCGGCCGAGUCUCCGCGUGUCUGGCGCUCACUGGCAGCGACGAGUCGCCCCGCCGCCGCGAUGAGCUCGUCCGACUCGCUCACCCUCCGAUGGCUGCGCCAGAACAUCCAGCCUUAUCCCUCUCCCGACAUCGUCUUUGCACACGUCGACGCCGUCCUCGCCCGCGUCCCCACCGUCCGCCCCAAGACAGACGUCUACACGUAUGAUGACGGCCGCACACAGCUCCUGCUCUGCCUCCACGGCCUGCUCCCCAUCGCCUUUCGCGGUGCCGCGUACAACAUCCCCAUCGCCAUCUGGCUCACCAGAGACUACCCCCGCCUCGCCCCUAUUGUCUACGUCGUUCCCACCAGCGACAUGCUCGUCCGCCCUGGGCCGGACAUGGACCCCAGCGGCAGGUGCCAGAUCGAGUACCUGCGCCAUUGGGACAAAAAGAGCGAGGUUCGUCUCCUCCGUCCUCCGCCUCCGCCUCCGCCUCCAUCUCACUCACACCUCCCCCGUUCCGUGCCCCAGGGCUGCAGUCUAGCCGCCUUGGUCGAGGCAAUGCAGCUCGCCUUCUCGCGCACCCCGCCCGUUUAUGCGAAGCCCCCCGCUGCCAGCCCCGACUAUGCCGCCCGACCUCCCCCGGCCACCUACGCGCCCUCCCCUGCGAUCGCCGCCGUUCACAGUCCGGAGCGGCCGCCCCUCCCGGCCAAACCAGCCACUCCGUCCGCCGCCCUGCCGGCAGCGUAUGCUCGCGUGCCCACGUCUAGCCGGAGCGGCUCGCCCAAUGUGCCCGACGCCGCGCCUCUUGGCAUGCGCCCGCCUCCUCCACUCCCUCCUCACCCGCCGAUGCUAUCGGGUAUAUCGCCGAUUUCCUCUCCACCCGUGCCCCCGACAUACACUCCGCGCCCACCCGGUGGUCUGAUCGACCCUCCCCGAGCCCUUGCUCCAGCAUCCGCUCGGUCUCUCAGCGCCCCGGUCACUGCGGGCCAGCCGUCGUCGUCCCAGCCGUCCCACACGUCCUCCCAAUCAGUGUCACCGCCCACUACUUCACCGCCUCCUCUUCCACCCCAUCCGUGCUCAGUAUCACCGCCUUCGUUGCAGGCAACACAAUCGUAUUCGCUACCCAUCCUGCCCGGAACCCCCCAUCUUCACAACGGACAGCUUCCCUCCCGACCCCCUCCCUUCGUUUCCCCUCAACCCGUCCGUGAUUUUGAACCGCAGCAUGUCCAGGCACCGCUCUCAUCAGGGCGUCCUCCGGCAUUCACUCACGCUUCCCCCGUACCGUCGUCUGUGCCUCACAUUCCACCCCCCGAUCUACUCGAUGCGGACGAACCUCCACCGCCGCCGGCGUCCACAUUCCCGCCGUCAUCCGCUCCGGCGCCACCACGGCCACCGAACCCCGAGCUCCUGCAGUUGCACACGCAGGUGCACGCAAAACUGCACUCGGAGCUCGCAUCGCUGCAGCAAGCAAUGGCGGUCGACGCGGAGCGGCUGCGCGCGCACCAGACAGACCUGCUGUCGGGCGAGCCCGCGAUUCGGGACGAGAUGGCGCGUCUGGAGGCGGUGCGUGACGUAUGCCGCACUGUUGCGGACCGCAUGCGCGCCGUCGUAGACGCGGGGGCGCAGAACGUCUCGGAGUUACGCCGAAAGGGCGACCCGGAGGUGGACGAGCUCGUGUGCUCGACGACGAUCGUGCAUAAUCAGCUGAUUAAUCUGGUGGCGGAGGACAACGCCGUCGAAGAUACCAUAUAUCACCUGCAUCGUGCUCUCAAUACCGGAAGAAUGGACCUCGAGCGGUUCAUCCGGACGACGCGUGUGCUAGCGGAGGAGCAGUUUAUGAAGCGGGCCCUAGUAGAGAAGAUCCGGGCGAGGCUGCCGCAGGGGUACCCAGAGAUGGGCUGGGCUGGGGCUUCAGAAUGGCAAUGA